AAUUACAGAUUUGUGCAAGUUCAGAGUCAGACGAACUUCAGGAGAGGUGAUAGCAGGACUGGAAGUGAGAUUUCUCUCGAGUUUAGCCUUGCUGCAUCUGGCCAUCCAGAUCCAGUCAUUGAAAUAAACUAUGGCUCCUCUGAAGUCAGGAGCACAGCGACUGUCUCCUGUGACUCUAUGCUGUGUGACACUGGCUGUUUGGCUGUGUUGUGGCGCUCAUACUGAGGCUUCUGUGCUCAACCUGAAGCGUUUCAUCGGCUGUGCAGUCAGAGAAUUUACCUUUCUGGCCCGUAAGCCGGGAUGCAGUGGGCUGCACAUUACCACUGACGCCUGCUGGGGACGCUGUGAGACCUGGGAAAAGCCUGUCCUGGAUCCGCCCUUCAUCGAGUCGCACCAGCGCGUGUGCACUUACAACGAAACUCGACUGGAGACGGUGCUGCUGCCAAACUGCUCAGCAGACGUGGACCCGUCCUACACCUACCCCGUGGCCCUCCGGUGUGACUGUGGGGUCUGCCUCACUAGCACCACUGAAUGCAUCACUUCGGUCUGAUACGCUGGAGAAAUCAGCCUCCACUUAAAACACCAAAGAUGUGCACUGCAGGAAUAAAAUGAAUCAAAAAUCUAUCUGUUUGAUGUUUAUGUACAUGUAGGGAAGAUUUUACCUUCAAAUUAUCACUGUAUGUUAAAUUCUCAUCUUCUUUGUACUUUCCUCCUCUUUUUUUUCCUGAAAAGAGCAAAACUGAAUAAAACUGCAAACACCA